ACAGUAGUAGUCGCUGGUCUGGUCGGUGUAACUUGUUUAGUUGUGCCCCAAGCUAAUGGCGACACGUUAUAGAAGUAUUUACAUAACACGAAGGCUUUAUAGCACAUUUACAAAGCGGAUGUAAAUGGAAAAAAUAAGAAGAAGAGGCUCAACUUGAGCAGGGGUUGUGUGCUGCAUUGGGAUGGGUCCUUGCUGCUCAAAAUGGAGAAUAAAGGGAGCGACGAGGUGGAAAAGUUGAAGACAAAGUUCUUGUCAGCGUGGCACAAUGUGAAAUACAGUUGGGCUCUGAAAACAAAGACCUCAUUCAGCAGAAAUUCCCCUGUGCUUCUUCUAGGAAAAUGUUACCAUUUUAAGUCUGAAGAUGACGACAGCUCUACAGAUGCCUGCUAUGAGGCCUCUGAUGAGGACCUGGUCAUGGGGAACGUGGAGGCUUUCCGGAGGGAUUUUGCGUCCCGUGUGUGGCUGACCUACAGGGAGGAGUUCCCUCCCCUGCCCGGCUCCACCUUAACGUCUGACUGCGGCUGGGGCUGCAUGCUCAGGGCGGGACAGAUGAUGCUGGCUCAGGCUCUUAUUCUGCACUUCUUGGGCAGAGACUGGACCUGGUCAGAGGCGCUGACCCUGCAGCCUUUAGACACAGAGACGUGGACCACCAGUGCAGCCAAGCGUCUCGUGGCCUCCCUAGAAGCGUCUCUGCAGGUCUCAAACAAGUCCUCCAACUCGAGGGACUUGCCUGUAGCCCAGGCCCAGGCCCAGGGGGCUGCAGAGGAGGCAGACGCCCACUUGAGAGAAGUGUACCACCGCACUCUGGUGUCCUGGUUUGGUGACAGUCUCUCCGCUCAGCUGGGUCUCCACAGGCUGGUCCGCUUAGGCUUGACCCUGGGGAAGCAGGCAGGGGACUGGUAUGGACCUGCUGUUGUGGCACACAUCUUCAAGAAAGCUGUUGAGGAGGCGACAGACCCUGGCUUGGCGGGUAUAACUGCUUAUGUCUCCCAAGACUGUACAGUGUACAGUGCAGAUGUCAUCGAUAGCCACAGGGCACCAGAGGUGGGGCAGGCAUCUGCCGGGAGCUCAGACAUCCCUCCCCCUCAGAACAACCAGUCCUCUUCCCCCACCCAAUUGGAUAGCCGAGCUGUCAUUAUCCUCAUCCCGGUGCGGCUGGGCGAAGAGAGGACCAACUCCGAGUACUUCAACUUUGUAAAGAGCGUACUGAGUCUGGAGUACUGCAUAGGCAUCAUCGGCGGGAAGCCCAAACAGGCCUGCUACUUUGUAGGAUUUCAAGAUGACAGCUUGAUUUACAUGGACCCUCAUUACUGUCAGUCUUUUGUGGAUGUCAGCACCAGCGAUUUCCCUCUCCAGUCAUAUCAUUGCCCAUCACCAAAGAAGAUGCCUUUCAGCAAGAUGGACCCAAGCUGCACUAUAGGUUUCUACUCUAGAAGUGUCCAUGACUUUGAGAGAAUCAGGCAAGAGCUAUCUAAGGUGCUGCAGCCAUCGGCGAGGGAGAAAUACCCAGCGUUCACUUUCAUGCAAGGUCACGGCAGAGAUUAUGACCUGUCUGCAGGCCUGACCCCAGAGAAGAGAGAAUGGCCCUUCAUCCGUGACCCGAGGAGGGCGGCCGCCACUGCUGGGGACUUUGUGCUCCUCUGACAAGGAGUGUUUAAGACUGCAAACUUCCCCCUUUUAAUGAAUCGAGAGGUGACUUUGUCAAACUGCUCAGUAUCCAAAGCUUUGUGUCUCAGAGUGUUGUGACACGGAAGGGUGUGCAACUUUUCGCGCCUAUAGUGAUUCAGAUUUACUUCCUGGAAAUUUUGUUGCCAAGCAAUUUUGUUUAAAACUGUUAUUAACUUGUUGGAGCUGUAUUUGUUACCUGACAGUGUAAGCUUGCUGAAUAUUGUGUUAGAUUUUUUUUUUUUUAUGGUGGCCCUGCUGAUGUUAAUGGCCAAACGUUUUUAUAUAUACAUACUCAUUCAGGGUCAUAGUCAUUCUGCACAACUGUUUCUAAUUUUGUGGAUGGAAGACAGGUCUAUUGAUAGGGAGUAUUUAUCAAAAGCUUUUGGGAGUUCACACCUAGGAUUAAUUUUGCACCUCAGAUCAUAAUGAAGGAGACGGUUUUAAGGGGAUUUGGAUAUAAACAGCACCGGGUCUACAGUAGAUUAGCACUCCCACUGUAAAAGUCUCUGUAAAGCCAAGGCUACAGAACAGGGUCAGCUAGACCUGAAAUCAGUUUUCUCCAUCUUUAAAACAAGUUGGUUUCAUAUCUUUAUUAGCACCAGGUUAAACACCUACUUAGGCCUGGACACUUGAGUUUCUAGAGCGUGGUUAGACCCGAACUAAAACGAGUGUGGAAAAAGACUUGAUAAAUAUGGGCCAAGGGCUUUCUGUUCCUCUGAAGACAGACUGAGUCAAGUAACUUUUCCAAAGUACUCUGCCAAGAACAUUUCAUCAAACAGGAUUAAUUCUCCACCCGUCUGAAACACCUCAACAGCUGAACCGUACGGCUUCUGAAGGACACUAUUUUAAUAAUUCUGCCAACAUUUCUUUUUGCCCACAUUAGAUCUAAUUUCUUUCUCUUAGCAAUAAUAGCCUAUGUGAUGAUGUUAUAUGAUGAUUUGAUUGUUUGAUUGCCUUUGCGUGUUUUUAUGUGUCGGUGGAUAUAAGUUUGUCUGAGAUAUACUGCACACCACAGUGAAAAUGACCAGUGGUGACAGGAGAGUAUGUAAGAAGGAAAAUAGUGUCAUGUGCUGUACUUCACUGCAUGCACUAUCUAUUAUUAUUUGCCCUUGAGAAUAGGGUGUGUUUUAUGAUUGCAGAGCCAUUAAGUAUUUAUUGUACAACACAGACACACACAGACAUUUAAAAACAGAUGCUGAGGAACUAAUGUUGAUAAAUAGAAAACACUCAGUAGGAUUAUAGGCACUGCAAAAGAGAGCUCGUAUGGAAUAUUUCUAUGAAUAUAUGGAGCUGUUAGAAGAAAUAUGAGGUGAAAUAUGUUAUUUAGGUUUUAUUAUUUGUAAAUGGUAUGUGCAAUUAACAGUUUUGGCCAAAUCAUUUCAAAUAAUUUUUUAAAUUUAUAUUUUUUUCCACAGUCUUAUUUUAACACUUAUUAUUAUUAUUAUUAUUAUUAUUAUUAUUAUUACUACUACAGUGUGCAAGUUUUCCAAUGCAACACAUGCAAAAAGUGAGGAGGUGACGCAUUGCUAAUGCUGCGUAACACUAUUAUAAUGAUUAAGUAUUUAGUAUAGAAAUUAGUCAGAUACACCAACACACCCAUAGGCUGCAAAUUCAGUGGGCGUUAUUUGAUUAUGGAGUUUGAUUUGAUACUUCUCACCUCAGUACUUAGUGAAUUUUAGUUAUUGAAUCUAUCAUGUGAUUUCCUAUACAACAGCAUUCACAUUUCUAUUUGCAAUGAUAAUAAUAAUGAUGAACUUAAUUAAUUAAAAGUUAAUCUCAGCAAUGAAAGAUUUUGUUUUUUACACUGCUGUGCAGAAAAGUUGAAUAAAUUCAGAACAUUUGAGCUUUGUAAUCGGUGUGCCUCCUUGGGCUCCACUUGAAGAAUUUGAGGAAACUGAGGGAGAGUAAAAAAAUAUGUUUGUCUCAUUUUCAAAGCUAGAUGCAAACCUCAGUGGUGUGUUGAAAUGUAUUCAAUCCCUUUCUUUCCCAGUCAAAUGUAGUAGAUUAAAACUAAUCGUACGUGCUAACCAUCUCUACAGCCCAUUAACCAGGGACCGGAAAAAAUGUGACCCAGUGACACUGGCGGCGAUUGUGUCCGCCUGUAGAGGAAAAGAAAAUAUCCUUGUGUGCAAAGCUCUGUUACCAUGGAUAAUCUGUCUGUUGCCCCCUUGGUUUGAGCAAUGCUGGACUGU